AUGGGUUCCAUCGAAGACCAACCAAGGCCUCAAUCUGGCGCCGAGGCUCAACAAGAAGACACUCAAUCACGUCAUGCCGACAACGACAUGGCCAAACGGGUGCUGAGGAAGAUCGACUACAACAUCAUCCCCGUGCUAUUCGUCACCUACAUGUUCAACUUCAUGGACAAGACCAUCUUAUCCAGCGCGUCAGUCUUUGGCCUGCGAGAAGACACUAACCUCGUUGGCCAGCAGUACAGCUGGGUAUCCAGCAUCUUCUACUUCGGCUACUUCGCCUGGACGUACCCAACCUCUCUUCUCAUCGCCAGCCUCCCGGUGGCCUGGUACAUGACGGCCAACACGCUCUUCUGGGGCGCCAUUGUCGCCGUCACAGCGGCCUGCACCAACUACGGCGGCCUCUUGACGGUGCGCUUCCUCCUGGGUGUCUGCGAGGCCACCAUCACGCCCGCCUUCAUGUUCCUCACGUCGACGUGGUACACGCGCGACGAGAUCCCCACGCGGACCGGCAUAUGGUUCGCCGGGAACUCCAUCGGCGGCAUGGUCGCGAGUCUGCUGGCCUUUGGGAUCGGCCACAUCGACGACAGCGUUGGUGCAUGGAACUGGAUGUAUAUUAUCCUCGGCGUCCUGACCUUCUUGUGGGCCCUUGCGAUUUGGUACUUCCUCCCCAACACCAUCUCGUCGGCGCGCUUUCUUUCUCCCGAAGAGAGGCAAUAUGCUGGCGAUCGGGUCGUUAUCGCCGGCACUGGUCGCACCGAGGAGUCGCAUUGGCGAUGGGACCAGUUCAAGGAAGCCCCUAUUGAUCCCAAAACCUGGCUCGUCUUCGGCAUCGAGCUUGUCCAGAGCAUCCCCAACAGCGGCACCCAAAACUUUGCAAACCUGGUCAUCAAAUCCUUCGGCUUCACCAGCUUGCAGUCGACCCUGAUCAACAUCCCAUACUCGAUCCUGGCGGCGCUGGUCAUCUUCGGCACGGGCUGGCUCGCGGGCCGCUUCCGCAAGAUGAACUGCAUCCUCAUCGUGUGCGUCGUCAUCCCCUGCAUCGUCGGCUCGGCCGUCAUCUACUCCCGCGACCAGAUCCCCGCAAAGGGCGUGCACCUGUUCGCCUACUUUCUGCUCUGCACCGGCCCGGCCGUCAUGCCGCUGGCCCUGUCGCUGGUGCAGGCCAACUGCCGCGGCGUGACCAAGAAGAUGACCAUGUCUGCGCUUCUCUUCAUCGCCUACUGCGCGGGCAACAUCGCCGGCCCGCAGUUCUUCAAGGCGUCCGAGGAGCCGCACUACAACACGGCCUUCCGGACCAUCAUGAUCUGCUACGUGCUGGUUGCUGUUCUGGCAAUGACUCUGCGCGUGUAUCUGCAGUGGAUGAACAAGAAACGAGCUGGUGCUGAGGGGUUCGAAGGGUCGGCUAGUAGUUCUGGUGCCGUCGGUGGCGGCAAGGUAGUCCCUAGCGAUGCUAGGCCUGACCAGGCGGACCUUGCUGCCAUGGUUGACAAUGUCGAGCUGCGUGCAGAGGACUACGAGGAUGUUACGGACUGGAAUAUUUCAGGCUUUAGAUAUCGUCUGUAG